UGGCUGGCAUUCUUUGAACCCUUUUAUACAAUAAAUACAUGUAAGUAUUGAAUACCAUCCACAUGUUGGUAUUCGGCAAGUAGCCUAGUGGUUAGAGCGUUGAGCCUGUAACCGAGAUGUUGCGAGAUCGAAUCCCCGAGCUGACAAGGUACAAAUGUCUUUCUGCCCCGGAACAAGGCACGGCAUGCCUAGGCCGGCAUUGUAAAUAAGAAAUUUGUUGUUAACUGACUUGCCUAGGUAAAUAAAAAUUGAUGGUCACUGAAUACUAUUGCCUUUUAUCUAGCCUAUUGCAUUAUAAUUCUUCAUCAUACCACCUUCUUGUUGGUAUACUAUGAGAGAAGACUGCUAAUAUCAGCAUAAAAAUGCUUUAAAAGUCAUACCCAUCCUGAUGAAAUGCCUUGAUUGUGUGCAGUUACUGCUGUCACUAUUUAGGUAUCCCAGCUGUUGUGAUGCAAAUGAUGAAGAUGGUGAGAUGGUUGUACAUGCAUGCGUUCUCAUUCCUAUUGGCUGAAUGCAAGAGGUCACUCUGGCUAUGACAGAGGGAGCAUGAUGUAGGCAGGCUGUGGGUAGCAGAUGAUUUUCAGCUGCACACCCAUUUGUCUACACUGGCCGGCAUUCACAAAAUCUACCACACCCUGCACAGGCUGAACCUGACGGAGGACGUUGGACAUAACGGUCACUCCACAGCCUGCUGCUCCAGAGCCAUGCCUCCUAGGAAAAAGAGGAGACCCACUGCUGGAGAUGACCUGUCAGCUAAGAAGAGUCGCCAGGACAGGUACUACCAACCUGCUACACCAACUGUUUUUAGAAAACAUGAGGCACAACAAAUCCGAGAGGAGGAGACCUUCUCCAGUAAAAGAUGUCUGGAGUGGUUCUACGAAUACGCAGUCCGUGACGAUGUUGUGGGGCCAGAGGGAAUGGAGAAGUUCUGUGAAGACAUUGGAGUGGAACCCGAAAAUGUGGUGAUGCUGGUUCUGGCCUGGAAGUUAGAUGCCCAGAGUAUGGGCUACUUCACCCUACAGGAGUGGUUGAAAGGCAUGGGCUCCUUGCAGUGCGACUCCACAGAGAGGCUGAGGAACUCCCUGGACUACCUGAGGUCUGUCCUAAACAACACCAGCAACUUUAAGCUCAUUUACAGAUACGCCUUCGACUUUGCUCGGGAAAAGGACCAGAGGAGUUUAGACCUGAACACCGCCAAGUGCAUGUUGGGGCUUCUCCUGGGAAAGACUUGGUCACUGUUUCCUGUGUUCAAUCAGUUUUUAGAGCAAUCCAAGUAUAAGGUCAUCAACAAAGACCAGUGGUGCAACGUUUUAGAGUUCAGCAGGACAAUCAACCUGGAACUCAGUAACUAUGACGAGGAUGGAGCCUGGCCAGUUUUGUUGGAUGAGUUUGUGGAAUGGUACAAAGAAAGAGAGAUGUCAUAGCAUCAGGUACACUGCAACAAAUGUCAACAAAACAACAUAAUAUGACGACGACGGCUAUGAGAAAACAAACUAUACAAAAUGGAGAGGUGUGUGUCAGCGAUGACAGGUGGUGCUUCCAGGUAAUGAUUGCAGGGGGGUGUAAGGUACAAAACUGUGUGUAAACUGCCCUGGCGAGAUUGGGAUGUAGAUUACUUAUGGUCACUAUGGAGACGCCAACUAUCUCCGGGUAAUGUUCCCUACCCAUGUUGCAUUGUGGUUAAGCACAUGGCAGACCCUGUGGUGUUGCAUCCCCUCACUGUGUGCUGUGUGAUAGGAUAACUGUUCUCAUGAGUGGCUGAUGUGGGCUAAAUGGUUUUGUGUUAGAGAAAAAUCCACUCUUCAACCCCUCGCUCCCGUGAGGAGGAAUUAAACAAACAAAAUCCCUCCCUUUUGAACAGUCGGUCUUAGUCUUAAAUCAAGGUCAUUUUGACCUGGGCACAUUUGAAUAUUGUAUAUCCGUGCUUUGAACUUGAUCUGUGCUUGUCUCUUUAUAACCUACAGAACCCAUCUUUUCUAUCAGUUUUGUCCUAUAUUUGGGUUGAAUUGGAAUUCUUAAAGAAGUACAUUGUCAGGCUGAGUGUUACAGUAGUUGUUCUUUUAGCCAUGGUCCCUAAAGCUGUUACAGAUGGACGAUGACACCUCCACAGUUUACUAUAACUAAGUCAUUUGUGCCAGUGAUUUGAGCCCCCAGUGGUUUUCAUCCCCAUGCUCACUAUGAUACCACCAGCCUGUGCUAAACUAUUUUAGCCCCCAGCAUGGUUUACGUGACCAAUCUAUGUUUCUAAGCUGUAGGUUUGUACAUUUUUUUUUCUCAAGAUUUUUUAUGGAGUUUGCUUUACUUGCUCAACACACCCGUGCGUGCGCACACACAGUGGUCAGGGAUUAGAUCAGGAUGAAAUGAGACUUUUGGGCUUAUCAUUCAAGAUGUCUCAAAACCAUGGACAUUGAAGGGUUAGAGUUAGACCAUGGACAUUGAAGGGUUAGAGUCAGACCAUGGACAUUGAAGGGUUAGAGUUAGACCAUGGACAUUGAAGGGUUAGAGUUAGACCAUGGACAUUGAAGGGUUAAAGUUAGACCAUGGACAUUGAAGGGUUAGAGUUAGACCAUGGACAUUGAAGGGUUAGAGUUAGACCAUGGACAUUGAAGGGUUAGUUAGACCAUGGACAUUGAAGGGUUAGAGUUAGACCAUGGACAUUGAAGGGUUAGUUAGACCAUGGACAUUGAAGGGUUAGAGUUAGACCAUGGACAUUGAAGGGUUAGAGUUAGACCAUGGACAUUGAAGGGUUAGAGUUAGACCAUGGACAUUGAAGGGUUAGAGUUAGACCAUGGACAUUGAAGGGUUAGUUAGACCAUGGACAUUGAAGGGUUAGAGUCAGACCAUGGACAUUGAAGGGUUAGUUAGACCAUGGACAUUGAAGGGUUAGUUAGACCAUGGACAUUGAAGGGUUAGAGUCAGACCAUGGACAUUGAAGGGUUAGAGUUAGACCAUGGACAUUGAAGGGUUAGAGUUAGACCACGGACAUUGAAGGGUUAGAGUUAGACCACGGACAUUGAAGGGUUAGAGUUAGACCAUGGACAUUGAAGGGUUAGUCAGACCAUGGACAUUGAAGGGUUAGAGUUAGACCAUGGACAUUGAAGGGUUAGAGUUAGACCAUGGACAUUGAAGGGUUAGAGUUAGACCCCUGUGACGAUGCUAUGCUUUUGCUAAUGUUCUUGUAACACAUGUAUAAACUUUUCUCUGGCUGUGAUGUGGCGCUCAAUUGUCAUGAGUGAAACGUUGCACGCUCUCCGUCAGAAUGGAUGAGAUUUUUGAAAAAUUGUUUUGUUUUUUGUACAGGAAUUUGUGCUUCAUUUGAUAUCCUCCAUGUUGUCUUAACGCUUUAUGAAAACCAUGAUUGUGUAUAUUCAGAGCUGAAACACACAUGUAACCUCAUUUGAGGAAGAAGAGUUCCCUCCUUCAUUUGCCAACCCCUCCCCCUAUCACACACAGUAAAAACAACAAAGUCAGUCUCUCAAACAAAUGGACAUGAACUGAAAUUAACAUGAGACUGUGUUGUAAGAAUGGUGUCAGAUCUUUUGACAUGUCAAUCAUGAAUUGGUCAAACCCAGUGGCAUCUUAUCCACAACUAAAGCAUAUACAGUAAAUUGAUCAAUUUAUGAAGUAGUAAGGUCACAUGAGAUCUCCACCUAUCAGUGAUCCAUGAUGCUUUGGCUGUCCUGUCCAGUCAUCAGUAUAUUUAUCUAUAUUAGGUUUUUGGAGAUGGAGCUAGUGGCUGGACUGCGCACCAAUAAGUCUAAUUCAGAUGGUGUUCUACAUUGGUAAUGCAGGAAGUUGAACAACCCUGUCCUGACUGUAUAUGUAUGUACAGUAUGUGUUUUCACUGUAACCUACAGUAUCUCUAUAUUAACUUACUGUUGUCAUUCAUUUUUGCUUUGCCAUCUUCCUUUACAGAAAGAUUCAAAUGUGGUUUGUGAUGAGAUGUUCGUUCUGUGUUUUUAAAUUGCACAGGAUCAUGUUUGAUUCCGCUACUGUAGGCCUAAUGUAUUUUUACUAUUGCAUUACCACAGUAAUUGCUACGUCAUGUGUGCACCUUAUUAUCCAGGUACCCAUAGAUCAACUUAUAUAAAAACAUCAAACACAAUAUGGGCGACUUUCAUUACAGGUUUAUUUAUGAUAGUGUCAUAAAGACAAUUUUGUAGCAAAAUAGAGGGGAGUAGGGUACUGAGUGAGUAAAGUAGGUGGAUAUGAAUCUGGGAAAUUGGGUUUUAAUGGUCCCACCUUUUAUUUGCCUCAGUCUGAAAUAAUUCAGUCACUUAAACAGCUAUUUUCAUUAAGACAAACAUGUCUGGUGUUACUCAUUUACAACAAUGUAAUAACAGUAUAAUUCUGUAAUUAAAAUAAACAACUUACGUUUUAACAAC